AAAGAACAUGAUGUGCAGAGGGCGUUUUGCAAAGUCUGCUCCUGGCAGGUACCAUCUGACCUGCCUCCGGUGAGAUGAGUUGGCAGAGUUACACAGACACUUUUGGAAGGCAGCAGGAGACAAGCAUUCCAGGGCUGCUCGGCACAGCUGUUUAAAGAGCUCAUGGCUGGAAAACUAUGAGAACCUCGUUGACCUUGGCUCUGCUGCGGGGAAACCUAACUUCUGCCAUAAUUCAGCUCCUCCACCCGGCAGCAUGAAUUCCAGGCUUGGAGCCAGUCCUCUGUACACCAGCCUCUGGGACUUUGAUGCCAGGACACGGACAGAAAUCAGCUUCCGGGCAGGAGACCUAUUCCAGGUCAUCAGGCAAGAAGGAGAAUGGUGGUGGGCCAAGAAAGUCGAUGGCUCGAACAGGAUCCUAGCUGAAGGUUAUGUUCCUUACAAUUAUUUAGCUGAGCAGGAGACAAUGGAGGCAGAACCCUGGUUUUUUGGGCAGAUCUCACGUUCUGAGACUUUACAGAGACUGCUGUCGGAUAAGAACAAGACCGGGGCCUUUCUAAUCCGAAUCAGUGAGAAAAAAGAUGCUGAAUACGUGCUUUCAGUUCGGGAUGACUCAAUUGUGAGGCACUACAAGAUCUGGCAGAACCCCCAGGGGAACCUCUACAUGAACGUGGUGUUCUCCUUCCCUGAUCUGCGCAGCCUGGUGGAGCAUUACAAAGCGAAGACCCUCUCCCACGGCCUGAGACUGACCGUCCCCUGCUGGAAGCAAGAACAAGAGCCCCUGCCUCACUGGGAUGAAUGGGAAAGACCCAAAGAAGAAUUCAGUCUGGUCAAGAAGCUGGGAGCUGGAUACUUUGGAGAGGUCUAUGAAGGAUACUGGAAAAACAAGGUCAAAGUUGCAAUUAAAACAAUCCCCAAAGCUGACCUGACGUACCAGGCCACUUUUAAGAAUGAAACUCAGGUAAUGAAGAAUCUGAGGCACAAGCACAUCCUCUCCCUCUAUGCCAUAUCUUCUGUUGGAGACCCUGUCUACAUCAUCACCGAGCUCAUGCUCAAAGGAAACCUACUAGAUUUUCUCCGAGAGUCAGAAGGAGAGCAUCUGCAAACGACUGACCUGGUUGACAUGGCAUCCCAGGUGGCUGAUGGAAUGUGCUACUUAGAGUCUCAGAAUUUUGUUCACCGAGAUUUAGCUGCUAGAAAUAUUCUUGUUGGAGAUAACAACAUCUGCAAAGUGGGUGACUUUGGCCUGGCCAGGCUUAUUAAGGAUGAUGUGUACUUGUCUGACUCCCACAAUAUCCCCUAUAAAUGGACAGCCCCUGAGGCCAUUUCCCAUGGACGCUAUUCCAUCAAGUCCGAUGUUUGGUCUUUUGGGAUCCUUCUGUAUGAAAUUAUCACCUAUGGACAGAUUCCAUACCCAGGUAUGAGUAACAGCGAGGUUUGCAAAAAAGUCCAAACAGGUUUCAAGAUGUCCUGCCCACCAAAGUGCCCACCCAUGCUCUAUGAAACCAUGCACAAGUGCUGGCAGCUCAGUCCAGAUCAGAGGCCUGACUUCCAGCACCUCAAAGGAAAACUCCACAGUUUCACAUACUACGAGAACCCAGAGUGGUAGCCGCACAGAGGAGCCCUUCUUUUACUGUUUCCUUUCACCUCUUUUUAAGCCUGACAUUUCUGUUAUAAAGACUUCUGGAUAUGAAACCAAUAGCUCCCUGG